UAUGUGUAUGUAUUUGUCAUGAUGAUCAGUUUUUGUGUUUGUUUCAUGUUUAACGUGGUGUAGGUGUGUGAUUUUGUGUUGAAUAUGGAGCGAAUAAAAAAGAGAAAGAUGAAGUUUUCUUGCCUUUUUGGAGGAAGUGAUGAGUCGCCGAGAUGUAGAUUAGUUCAAUCUUGUUCCCCUGCUAAUGCUACCACCAAGCACAAUUCGUUAAAGUUUGAAGUUGGAAAAGGCGCUUCUAAACAACGUAACGGGAAUCGAAUGAAGAAUUUAUUGGCUAAAGGAAUAUCAAACGGAACCUCAUCCAAAAAACGGUCGCCAAGUAUUUUAUCCAAGCUCGUGGGAAGAGGUCGAUUUUCUUCUAAAAAAGUUGUUCGUAAUCCAAACACAACAAACGGUAAAACCGUUAAUCAUUCUUCUAGAAAGAACUUGGAACUAUAUUGUAACGGGACCGAGUGCGUGUGGCGAGGCGCUAUAGAGACUGUACCGGAGAUAAGUAGUCAAGCGAAAGAAGUAUUUGAAAGUGAACAUGUUGAUAUGUAUGGAUAUGAUGAUUCCGGAGAUGAUAACUUGCACAUGUUAAGUAGUGGUUCCGAUAGUGAAUCGGACGAGAUAACCGUGCCUUUUAGAAUCGUCAUUCACCAACAUGAUCGGCUCACGCAUUCACUAUGUCACAUGUCCGAAUCCUCUCUAAUAAGGGAGGCAACUAAUCGAAUGUUAGAAAAAUGGAACACAACUCACGUUAAGGACGAUGCAGGGACGGUAAGUAAGGUUCGUACGUUAGGAGAACAUAUUUCUUUUCCUGAUAAAGAAAACAGACCCGCAGAAGUGAACAACGUCACGGGUUUGGUUGCGGUCAGUGACGUAUUCGCGUCGCCGACAGGGCUGGGUGCUAUUUUGGGUAAUUCUAGUCGGGACGGUCAAGGAGAUAAGCGUUUCAUAACUACAUCAAAGUCAGCACCUCUUCAACCAUCUUUGAAUGAUCCGAGUAAUAAAAGAAAUGCGUGUCAUGAUGAUGAUGCGGAUGCUGACGAGAAGGUAUAUAGUGAGCCGUCUAAUAAAGGUAGAAGAAAAAUGCAAAAGGAUGUAUUUAAUUAUGAUGAGAACAUACCUUUAAAAAGUGUAAGGUCCAAUAAAAGGGUUCAGUCACCGCGAAAAUCGUCUGGGACUUGCUUUAAGAAUGAGGAUCGUGCUAAAUAUCGGCCAUCGGUUUCUGAUAUUGACGACGAUGCGCAGUUGUCUGGACCUGAAUCAGAAGAUGUAGCGUUCGCUUCGGAUGGCUUUGAGAGUAUUAACUCUCGUCUUCAAGAGUUAAAGAAAAAUAUUCAUCUUUUGACAGCCGGGUCCAAGUCAACUUCUAACAAACUCAGACUAAUACCAAAAGUCAAACACAUUGGUCAACUAACAUCCGUUAGGAUACCAGAACCCGUCAGCCCGGAAUCUGCAUACAUGGCACGUAUCCUACAAACGUUAGAAAACUAUUCUACUGACCCGUCAUGGAAAAGUGAGACCGCACUUCAUCCUAUAGAUCCACGGUUAUUUAACUGUCUUGAAAAGUUUUACUUCAACGGAACAUCAUUGUUAAGGAACGAAAAACGCUUAUUUUAUGACUAUAUCGAACAAAUGUUUACUAGAACCUCAAAGUCAUCGGUAGCAUACCCGUGGGUCAAUCCUGUGAAAAGAGAAAGUCAACUCAGGUUACCGAAACUAAGCCUCGUGGAUCAGGUUCGCAAUGUGGUUGACGAGAUAGAAAAGGAUGAAGAUGAGGAUUUUUGUGAGGUUUAUUAUGAUAAGGACUUGGAGUGGGUGCAACCGACGAAUGAAAUCGACGUUUUAGGUAAGUUUGUUGCGGAAUUAGUCCUGAAUGAUUUAUUACUGGAGGUUAUAGAUUUCUAACCAUAUAAACUGUAACUAGUAAAGGUAAUAGUUUGACAUCCUCAUGAACAUGUAAUGGUGAUUUGGUUCUUUUUUUUUUUUUUUUUUUUUUUUUUGGAUUUUAUGGAUUAACCUAUCUUGAAAGAAUUUGUCAUGUUUGUGCAUUUUGAACCAAU